AUGACCAACUCGACCUCUGAAUCGAACUUGUCGACAGCAACUAUACAUGAGAAGAAACGUAGCGUAGAUUUAGACCCCGAGGUGCCCUCAUUACCGCCUAUAAGAACGCUACCGCGCCAAACGGAGCAGACUGAAGCAAGACCCCAGGUGGACUACCAGGAUAAACUAUGGACACAGAUUGAUGUCUUGGAUGAUGUUAGACGUAUGGCCCGCGAGCAAGACGCAUACGAUGGAUUUCCGCCAGGUUUCGAGUCGCAAUUGAAAGAACUACGCGAAGCUCACAUCACUUUAUUGCAUACGAUGAAUAAAAGACGCGACGAACAAGAGGAAGGCAAAAACACCGAGGACGGGAAUGAACUGGAACGUAGAUUAGUUGACGAAGUGACGGAAUGUCUGCAAGGAUUGAGAAAAUAA